CUGAAAUAUACUUAAAAGAAACGUUUUCCGACGAUGACUGGGAAAAGCGUUGGGUUCAUUCCAAGCACAAGGAAGACCUCGGCACGUUUAAAGUAACAGCUGGUGAGUUUUACGCUGACGAAAUUGAGUCUCGUGGCCUUCAAACUUCUGAAGACGCAAGGUUUUAUGCAAUUUCUACGAAACUUGACAAGAUAAUCGAUAAUUCGGAUAAGGAUUUGGUGGUUCAAUUCUCUGUCAAACAUGAACAAAAUAUUGAUUGCGGUGGAGGUUAUAUAAAACUUAUUCCUCCAGAGUUUGAUGCGUUGUCUUUCAAAGGAGAAUCAUUAUACAAUAUCAUGUUUGGGCCCGACAUUUGUGGUGUGAACCGUAAAGUUCAUUUAAUUGUUCAUUAUAAGGGAGAAAACAAACAAGUAAAAAAGACUUUAAAGGCACCAUCGGAUCAAUUAACACAUUUAUAUACUUUGAUAUUAAAGCCCGAUCAUACGUACAAAGUCUUGAUUGAUAAUGUAGAAGAAGCGUCUGGAACUUUAGAGGAAGAUUUUGAUUUGCUUCCACCAAAAGAAAUUAUAGAUGCCAGCGCUAAAAAACCGGAUGAUUGGGAUGAUGUAGCCGAGAUCCCUGAUCCAGAUGAUCAUAAGCCAGCUGAUUGGGUAGACCACCCAGCUACGAUCCCAGAUCCUGAUGCAAAAAAACCCGAUGACUGGGAUGAUGAAAUGGACGGGGACUGGGAACCACCACAUAUCUCUAAUCCCGAAUACAAAGGAGAAUGGCAACCAAAGAAGAUUCCCAAUCCAAAGUACAAAGGAGUAUGGAAGGCACCUAUGAUUCCAAAUCCAGAUUAUGUUCCGGAACCACAACUUCAUGCUUACAACAGCGCAUUUCUCGGAUUCGAUUUGUGGCAAGUGAGAUCUGGCACAAUAUUUGAUAAUAUAUUGAUUACUGAUGAUGUUGAAACAGCAGAAUCAUUUGCCAAUGAGACAUUUGUCAAAUUCCAAGAUGCAGAAAAAGAAGCAAAGAGAAAAUUAGACGAAUUAGAGAAGAAAGAAAGAGAAGAAGCUGAUGCUGCCGAUAAGAAAGACGAUGACGACAUUAUUGAUCUAGAUGUCAACCUUGGUGAGGAUGGAGAAGUUAAAGUUACAAAACCAGAUGACAAAGAAAAAGAGAAAAAAGAGACCAAGGUAGAGAAAGAAGGAAAAGCUGAGGAUGAAAAGCCUAAGGAUGAAAAAGCUAAGGAUGAAAAGCCUAAGGAUGAGAAAGCUAAGGAUGAAAAGCCUAAGGAUGAAAAGGCUAAGGAUGAAAAGUCUAAGGAUGAAAAGGCUAAGGAUGAAAAGCCUAAAGAUGAGAAAGUUAAGGAUGAAAAGCCUAAAGAUGAGAAAGUUAAGGAUGAAAAGCCUAAGGAUGAAAAGCCUAAAGAUGAGAAAGUUAAGGAUGAAAAAGUCAACGAAGAAAAAGAUAAAGUAAAGGUAGAAAAAGAAACAAAAGAAGAACCAAAGGUGAAAAAGAAUGAAAAAGACGAAAUGGAUAAAUUAUUUGAUGAUUUUGAGGAAGAAUUGGGUCUGCCUCCAAAACCGCCAAAGAAAGAUCAUAAAUUACCGAUAAGAGAUGAAUUUUAG